AUGUACCUGAUCACUGUGCUUGGAAACCUGCUCAUCAUACUGGCUGUCAGCUCAGACUCCCACCUCCAUACCCCCAUGUACUUCUUCCUCUCCAACCUGUCCUUUGUGGACAUUUGCUUCACCUCCACCACUAUCCCCAAGAUGCUGGUGAAUAUCCAAACACACAGCAAAGAUAUCACCUAUGAGGGCUGCAUCACCCAGAUGUAUUUUUUCCUACAUUUUGCUUGUUUGGACAUCUUUCUUUUGACUGUGAUGGCCUAUGAUCGCUUUGUGGCCAUAUGCUAUCCUCUGCACUAUACAGUCAUCAUGAACCCUCAGUUCUGUGGACUGCUGGUUCUGGGGUCUUGGCUCUCGGUCGUCACCUUAUUUUAUUGUACAGUCCUGGGUGAGUAUCUUAGCUCUGCUGCUACCACCAACAACUCACGGUCAAGUUCAACAGCCUCAGUGAUUUAUACUGUGGUCACACCCAUGCUCAACCCCUUCAUCUACAGUCUGAGGAAUAAUGACAUGAAAAGGGCUUUAAAAAACAGUGUUGGCGGGGAUGUGGAGAGAAAG